CUCCUCUCAAUAUCUAGAAUAAACACUAGUACACUGCUGUUCAAGAAACAAGUACAGUAGGGCGCGUGGUUCUUGCAAAAUGUAAAAAUAAAGAAAGGCCUUCCAAGUAGGAGGACAAAAUUUCUUUCAAGGUUCCUUCCCCUUUCCCUUGAAUUUGCUUAACCCACAAAUAAUUUAAUAUCAUCACCUUUUUUUCUCUCUCCACUUCUUUUAUAAUUAAGACUCACUCUUCUCUUCUUAUCUUCUUACCACUUCACUUGAGAAAAUACAGAGAAAACAAAGAACUACAUUGAAAUUUCCAAACAAAAAAAAAUCUUACAACAAAAAAAAUAAAAAAUAAAAAAUGCAAGUAGUCAGCAAAAUUGAGCAACCCAAUUCAUCUUCUUCAUCACCCAUUUCGCCAAAAAAUGAUUUGAUGGAAAAUAUCACUACUUUUUUGGAAAAAGGCAAAGAAUCUGCUCAUCAGAUUCGAAGCUUCAUUAAUGAACGGCUAGGAUUGAAAGCUGAAGACCGUGAGGCUUUAGAUCAUCAUUCUUGGGCGACUUUGAAUUCUUUUGAAACUGUUCUUUCUAUUUUGAACGCUCCUGAUAUUGAUCAGGAUGAUCAAGUCUUGAUCAAGAAGCGUAAAUUUGAGUUGGAAUGUCCUGAUCAGUCUAAGUCUGAGGAUAAUAUUGGUGGUGGAAAUGUUGUUUCUAAAGAAAGAAGAGGAUGCUACAAAAGGAGGAAGACUGGCCAAUCACUAAUUUUGGAGGUUAACAAUCUAACUGAUGAUGGUCAUGCUUGGAGGAAAUAUGGGCAAAAAGGAAUCCUCAACACAAAUUACCCAAGGAAUUAUUAUAGGUGCACCCACAAGAAUGAUCAAAAUUGCCAAGCACUAAAACAAGUCCAACAAAUUUCAGAAAACCCCACAAAAUACAAGAUCAUCUACCAAGGUCAACACACAUGCAAAAACCCCCACAAAACCCCUUCAAUCAUAAUAGAUGAUUCCCUUGAAGAAAACUCCUCCUUUUUCUUGAGCUUUGAGACAAACAACCACCUAGUAGCCAAACGUCCCAUUAACCCUGCCUUAUUCCCAAAAUCACCCUUCCAUGCCAAUACUACCAUGGUGAAACAAGAGUACGCUCCCAUCAAGGUAGAGUCGCCGCCCUCAGCUACCACCCAUGAUCCUCAUUCAGGGGCAACCAUCAACCAGAACUCACCAACCUCUGAUAUAACAAGCAUAGGAUUUCCAUCAACCCCUGUUUCCGAGCAGGGCGAUGUGAACUCGUCUUUGGCGCCCGAGGUUAACGCCUCUACGGCUGAAUCCUACGACGAUAUGGAUGAAAACGACUGGAUCAAGUUAUUAACCAUGGAUCAAUUUGCUUCCCUUGAUGGAUUGUUGGAUAAUUUAUGAGCAUAAACCUAAAGUUUUUUUGCAGUAAAUUUUAUGUGGACAUGAUGUAAAUUAAAGCCACAAAUUUCAUCUAGCUAGAAUUAUUUACCUAGCUAUAUAUUUAAAAAUUCCCCGCCCCCCUUUUUUUCUUUACCAUGUAUAUUAUCUAAGAAUAGUCUAAGACUAAGGAAUGGAGAAAAAUAAGGAGUACUUGGCACUGAUUGUGCUAUCUAGUGUAAGAUUCGUCUUGAUAUGUAGUUUACAUGUUGGUAGAAUGUACC